AUGGGUAAGAAGUCGCGCAAGCCGCCGAAGCAGGCCGCCGACGCGCCGCCGCCGCCGCCGCCGGCCCGCGAGGUCGGCGCGGCCGACGACGACACCUCGCUCUGGCACGGCGCGCGCGAGCGGUUCCACGCCGGCGCCGUCGUCGCCGUCGCGGAGGCGGACCCCGAGGGCCCCUUCGCCGGCGGCGUCCGCGUCGUCCGCUUCGACGGCGCCGGCGGCAAGUGGGUCUGCGAGGUGCCGCGGAUGCCGGGCCGGCUCGUCGGCCUCGGCGAGGACCGGCUAUCGCUCGACUACGCCGCGCGGCCGGCCAACGCCGCGGCGCCGCCGUCGGCGGCCUGCGCGUUCUCCGACGCCCAGGGCGGCUGCGGCCGGGGGCUCGUGGCGACGGCGGCGCUGCGGCGCGGCGCCGAGCUCUUCACGGAGUACCCCUUCUUCGUCGUCGACCGCCGGAGCCACCGGUCGCGCUGGGCGGCCUACGUGCAGCUGCGGGCGAGCGCGAAGCGCGGCGACGGCGACGCCGCCGCGGCGCUGGCGGCCUUCGACGAGCUGCGCUACGACGUCGCGACGGCGCCCAAGGAGGCCACGGUCGAGGCCGCGGGCGCGAUGGUCGACGGCGCGCUCGAGCAGCUCCGGUCGCUCCUCGGCGCCGACGCCUUCGCCGCGCGCCGCGAGGCCGAGGUAAAGACCGUCGUCGACGUGCUCCGGAAAUUCGAGGGCAACCAGUUCCAGUUCGAGCACGGCGGGCCCGGCGUCGGCGCCGCGUGCGCUCUGUACCGGCGCGUCGCCCGCGCCAACCACUCGUGCGCGCCGUCGCUCGUCCUCGCGCCGGCGCGGCUGCCGCAGCGACCGGGGGAACGCGUCGCGGGCGACGGCGGCGUGGCCGUGCGGACCUGCUGCGACGUCGCGGCCGGCGAGCCCCUCACGAUCUGCUAUGGCGCCAAGGAGCUCGUCGGCUGGGACGUCGCGAAGCGCCGGGCCUACCUCGAGAAACACAACGGCUUCUUCUGCCGCUGCGUGCGCUGCGAGCUGGAAGGGGCGUCAUCUCGAGCUCGACCGAUGAUGUCCGACGCGAGCCUGCUCUGGGCACUCAUCGCGGCGCGCGCCGCCGCGUUGGCGCCGGCACCGCUCAAAACGACGGUCGUCGUCGACGUCGACGACACGGUCAAGUCGUCCGGCAACGUGCGCCUCGCGGGCAUCCCGCUCGGCGGCAUCGACGGCCAGUACGACCGCGGCGACUUCUACCCGGGCAUGUUCGACUUCGCCUACGAGCUCGGCGCGCCGGAGCCCGUCGCCGUGCUGACGGCGCGCGCGGAGGAGUUCAAGUUCGCGCUCGAGCUGAAGGAGAGCGACAAGGUCGUCGCGGCGUUCCGCGACUGCGGCCGGCGGAACGGCGCCGCGGGCUGGGGCGUCGGCCUGGACCGCGUGCUCUACGGCAGCGUCCACGAGUGGGUCUUCCAGGACUUCAAGGGCUGGGUCAAGUUCCAGAACUUCGAGCGGCUCGCGGCGCGGCUCGGCGACCUGCCCCGAGGCGACGGCGAGGAACCGGCGCGCCGCUACGUCUUCGUGGGCGACACGGGCGAGCUCGACGGCCAGGCCGGCGAGAUCAUGCUCGCGCGGCACCCGGACCUCUGCGCCGCCGUGCUGCUCCACUGCGUCGGCACGGACGCGCGCGGCCGCGGCGUCGCGGUGCCGGACGGGUACGCCGUGAACGGCCGGCCCGUGCGCUUCUUCCGCACGUACGUCAUGGCCGCCUUCCACGCGCUGGACCUGGGGCUCAUGGGCGAGGAGGGAUUUGACCGCGUGGUGGAGGCGGCGCUCCGCGACGUCGGCGACGCCGACGACGGCCGGGGAAGGCGCGCGGACGUCGUCGCGGACGUCGAGGACGCGAGGGAGCGGCUCGCGCGGCGACAUUAG